AUGGGCCAAGCUUGCAGCUACACACAGGUUGCGGCGGGCGACGGAUGCUGGUCCCUCGCUCAGCGCUGCGGCAUUACGCAGGACCAGUUCGUCCAAUACAACGGCGCGGACAUCUGCUCGAAACUCCAGCCUCGCCAGUAUGUCUGCUGUUCCGAGGGCGUGCUUCCAGACCUCCCUCUGCCUAGCAAGCUCAUGGUGGGCAACAACAUCUGUCUCUCGACGGGCUCUCCACCGAUGCCCGCACCGCUCGACAAGGCCUCCUGCGGGCCUCAGGUCCCGGGCACGCCACGGCCGGCCAACAUGGACGAUCUGGCCAAUCUGAACCCCUGCCCCCUCAAUGCUUGUUGCAACGUCUGGGGCCAAUGCAGUAUCGACGAGAACUUCUGCAUCCCCAGUCCGGUCCCCGGCGGUGCCCCUGGAACGGCUACACCGGGUUCCAACGAAUGCAUCGCCAACUGCGGCUUGGACAUCAUUGGGAAUGAUUCCCCGCCGGCAGAGUACAAGCGCAUCGGGUACUGGGAGGGAUGGAAUGCUGACAGACCGUGUCUCAACAUGCGCGCUGGCAAUAUCGACACUAAGCGGUAUACCCAUAUCCACUUCGCCUUCGGCAACAAAACGGCCGACUACCAUGUCGACGUCAGCGGUCUUCAGUCUGCCUACAACGACUUCAAAGCUCUGGCCGGCGUGAAGCGCAUCAUGAGCUUCGGCGGGUGGACGUUCUCCACCGACUAUGACACGUACCCCAUCUUCCGAGAGGGAGUGACACCUGAACAGAGAUAUGCCUUCGCGCAGAAUGUCGUCAAUUUUAUCGUCAACGAAGGGUUAGAUGGCGUCGACUUCGAUUGGGAAUACCCUGGAGCCCCUGACAUUCCGGAUAUUCCGCCUGCGAGCAAGCAGAACGGCGAAAACUACCUCGACUUCCUCCGCAACGUCCGCCAGCUUCUGCCCAGUCACCUCACCAUCGGCAUUGCCGCCCCGGCAUCAUUCUGGUACCUUAAAGGCUUCCCGCUCGCCGAAAUAGCCAAGGUCGUCGAUUAUAUCGUUUACAUGACAUACGACCUACACGGUCAAUGGGACUACGAUAACCAGUGGACCUCCCCUGGAUGUCCCAAAGGCGACUGCCUCCGGUCGCACGUCAACAGGACCGAAACGGAACUGGCGCUGGUCAUGGCCACAAAAGCCGGGGCUCCGGCCCACAAGAUUAUUGUCGGCAUGCCCAUGUACGACCGGUCCUUCAAGAUGGCUCAGCCCGACUGUUGGGGCCCAGACUGCCACUUUACCGGGCCGGAGUCUGGCGCUGCGAAAGGCCGCUGCACGGGUACUAGCGGUUACAUCUCGAACUUUGAGAUCCGCGAGAUCAUCGCUACCAAUCCGAACAUUGAGAUGCACACGGAUGACAAUGGCGACAUCCUGGUAUACAACGGAGACCAGUGGGUUUCUUGGCUCUCCAAGUCAUCCUACGAAGCCAGAGAGAACUGGAUCAAGGGCCUAAACUUUGGCGGCGCCUCGAACUAG